AUGGCCGAAGAGGAUCAUCGAUGGAUGAUUGAAACCGACAGGUUGUCGGAUUUCAAACUCAUCUGUCGGGGAGAAGUGAUCAACGUUCACAAGAUAUUACUCGCCGGCCACUCCCGGCGCUUUGAAACUAUUUUCAACGACGAUUUCCAGCAGAACAAAGAUGGCGUGAUGGUUCUUGAAGACGUUGAACCGGAGCUUAUGCGUCACCUCCUGGACUACUUCUACAAAGGCACCACUGAAUGGAAUGUCCCUAAAGCCGAUUUGGAACUAAAUGUCCGGCUCUGCAUCCUCGCCUGUCGACUCCUGGCCAGAACAGUCAUGUUCACUGUUGAGAAGCGGAUUAUGACUGCGCUGGAGUCCUACGAGAGCAAGGUCCGUGUUCUCGUUCUUAUCGACAAGGCCUUCACGAACCCAAUCUGUUCCAUGUCUGCUCUGGGAUACAUCGCUGGCGAGGCUGCCUGGGCUCUAUUCCUUGAUAAGAAGCGUCCUAAAGCAGCAAACUCCGUGAGCUUGGCGUCAAGAAAAUACCAAAGGCUGGCAAACAUGAUGCUCUGGUGGUCUUCUCAAUACACCAACUUCACUCAGGACCGUGGCAUAGUCCAGGUGGUCUCUACUGGCCAAGUAAGAGAAGCCAUUCUCACCGGGAAACUCACACCAACGUCGAGGACUUGA